AUGGGCAUCCUCAGCGACCUCAACCUCAAGCCGGGCGUCAUCUACGGCGAUGACGUGCUGAAGCUGUUCCAGUACGCCCAGGAGAAGCAGUUCGCCAUCCCGGCCAUCAACGUCACCUCGUCGUCGACUGUCAUUGCUGCCCUCGAGGGCGCCCGUGACGCCAAGUCGCCCAUCAUCCUGCAGACCUCGCAGGGCGGUGCUGCCUACUUCGCCGGCAAGGGCGUGGCAAACAGCAAGGAGAAGCAGGAGGCGUCUGUUGCUGGUGCCGUCGCUGCCGCCCACUUCAUCCGCUCGAUUGCCCCCAUCUACGGCAUCCCGGUUGUUCUGCACACCGACCACUGCGCCAAGAAGCUCCUGCCCUGGUUCGACGGCAUGCUCGACGCCGACGAGGCCUUCUUCAAGGAGCACGGCCAUCCCCUGUUCUCCAGCCACAUGCUCGACCUGUCGGAGGAGCCGCUCGAGGAGAACAUUGAGAUCACUGCCAAGUACUUCAAGCGCGUGGCGCCGUGGAAGCAGUGGCUCGAGAUGGAGGUCGGUCUGACCGGUGGCGAGGAGGACGGUGUCAACAACGAGGACGUCGACAACGCCGCCCUGUACACGCAGCCCGAGGACGUCUGGCAGAUCCAGCAGACCCUGAGCGCCAUUGCCCCCUACUUUAGCAUUGCCGCUGCGUUCGGCAACGUCCACGGCGUCUACCACCCUGGCAACGUGCGCCUGCACCCCGAGCUGCUGGGCAAGCACCAGGCGUACGUCUCCGAGAAGCUCUCGGACAAGUCGGGCAAGCCCGUCUUCUUCGUCUUCCACGGCGGCUCCGGCUCGUCCAAGAAGGAGUUCAGCGACGCCAUCUCGCACGGCGUCGUCAAGGUCAACCUCGACACCGAUCUGCAGUGGGCCUACCUGGUCGGCCACCGCGACUACAUCACCAAGAACAUUGACUACCUGAAGACCCAGGUCGGCAACCCCGAGGGCGCUGACAAGCCCAACAAGAAGAAGUACGACCCCCGCGUGUGGGUGCGCGAGGGUGAGAAGACCAUGAAGGCCCGUGUUGAGGAGGCCCUCAAGGACUUUGGCGCCGCUGGCCAGCUGUAA